GGAAAGUGCAAUCGGGGGGGCGGCUGAAUGCGUAUAAAGCGCUGAUGGCCUUCAAAGAGCUGAAGCAGCAGCAGCAGCAGCAGCAGCAGCAGAAGCAGCAGCAGCAGCAGCAAGAGGAGGAGCUUCGGAGGAAACAGCUAGCAGCAAAUAACAACCAGUUGUCUCCUUUUGUCUCCUUUUUGACUUCCACUUGGGCCCUGGCCUUUUUGCCUUUUCAGUUCCUCGCCAGACUCAUCGGUGCUGCUGCAGCAACGCAGUUCCUGCAGCAGCAGCAGCAGCUGCUGCUCCUCACGCAGCAGCACAAGCAGCAGCUGCAGCAGCAGCACCAGCAGCGGCAGCACGAGGACAAGGAGCUGGUCCUACGACGCGAAGUGCCACAGCAGCAACAGCAAAUUGCACUGCAACUCCAACUAUAA